AUGGCGGCACCGAAGGUAGAGCUGGGCUUCGCGGAGGAGGCGGAGGCGUGGCGCCUGCAAAGCGAGCAGUUCCCCUGCAAGGCGGGAGGCCGUCCGGCGUGGCUGGGCGAGGCGGGGCUGCCGGGCCCGGAGCGGCUGCGGUGCGGCUCCUGCGGGCGGCCCUGCGCCUUCCUGCUCCAGCUCUACGCGCCCCUCGGGGACCAGGCCCAGGCCUUCCACCGGAGCCUCUUCCUCUUCGCCUGCCGCCACGCCGCCUGCUAUGGGCCCCGCGCCCCGCCGGGAGGAGGAGGAGGCCUCAAGGCUUUUAGGAAUCAGCUAUCGAGAAAGAAUGACACUUACUCUUACGAUCCGCCACCUGAAGAGCCGCCCUUGGUGCCCCUGCCUUCGGUGAAUCUGCAGCUGAAAUGCGGGGCUAAUCUUUGCAGAGUUUGUGGGUGUUUGGGACCCAAAAGAUGCUCCAAAUGCCACAAGGCUCAUUACUGUAGUCAAGAUCAUCAGCUUUUGGAUUGGAAAGCAGGACACAAGGCAUCAUGUUUGCAGUCUGAUGACCAGACGAAUAGUGUGAUUCCAGAUCAUAAAUUCCUUUUUCCUGAGUAUGAAAUUGUAAGAGAGCUGGAAGAAUUCGACACCUCCAUUAAUGAAGCAGAUAAGGAAGACGUGGAAAAAAAUGAAGACUUAGUAUCUGCAAACAACCUCUAUGAAAAUUCUGAAUCCUUGGAUGAGAAGUUCUUGGAGGCAAUGGCAAAGCAUGAAACCCAAGCUGACAAAAUUUUUCAGAAGUUUAAAGAAAGAAUAUCUUUGGAACCAGAACAGAUCAUCAGGUACUGCAGGAAUGUUGAAGGCCCCCUUUGGAUUUCAGAAGAAAACAUUCCCCAGGAAACGGAUAUCCCAAAAUGCUCAUGCGGUAGUAAGCGUGUAUUUGAGUUCCAGGUUAUGCCACAACUGCUGAAUUACCUUAAAGUUGACAGCCUCGGAGAAAGCAUCGACUGGGGAACUUUGGCUGUCUAUACCUGUGCUGAGAAUUGCAACCAGGGCAACGGUUACACUGAAGAGUUUGUCUGGAAGCAGGACAUCUCAGGCUCUGUUUAAUGGCUACAAAAUUUAAACGGAGGAACGCUUGUUAUCAGCACCAUACAAAGGCCUUAUGUAUUUGAGGCAAAACAUCUGCACCAAAUUGGACAAGGAAACUUUUUCCUCUGAAUGUAAAGGUGCGUUUAAAUGAUCUUUUAUGUUCCAAGAAGAGUACUAUUUGAAUAAAAAUGUUUAAACUAUAA